UUGGACGUACAACGCAAACGCUCCGGUUAAUAGCAGCUUUAAUUGAUUAAAAGUGCGUAAUUAGUAAAAAUUUUGGUCGGGUACGUCGAUCAAAGUAAUGCACAAUUGCCGGAGCAUAUUAUUACCGCGAUUAAUCAUAGAUGCACCGUGAAUUGAAGCCGAUACGGUCUAGGUAUCUGCUGACAUUGCGUGGUCUCCAAGAGUCGUUCAUUUUGCUAGCUCUGAGUGCGUGUACAGUAUCAGUUAUAAUUAUGUGCGUGGACGCGUUGCGGCAUAAAGUAUGUUUUAUCUCAUGUUUCGUGUAUUACAGUGUGAUAGAUUUCCGACGUAAAUUCGUGUGAUGUGUAUGUUAGUGAAAUGUGCGUGUUAGUGAGUUAAUUUUCACUCGGCAGUGCGUAAAUUAUAAGUGUUGGUUUUCUAUAUUCAUCGAUUCUUCAAUAAAGCUGAUGCAAAGCAGAUUGAAGCGGAAUUAGCAGCGGAUGAAGCAAACUGCAAUACCCUAGCUGGUAUAGCUGAAGGCAUACUUAGCUAGGGUACAACAAUCGGCAUUCAAGGAAAGUUGACUCCUUCAGAAGUUAUCUGGAGGCGAGCUGCACCGCAUGAAAGAUUUACAAUUCUCGUCUAUCAAACAAUCGUGCCAUAUCUGCCACCUGUGAUAGAAUAUCUCAUUCCUCUCUAUAAAAAUACUAAGGGAAAGCAACUGGAAUUUGCCGUUUUAAGAGACUGCACGAUACAACGAGAAAAAAUAAUCGCAAGACGCUGGAGAAUGUCGACGUGUACCGACGAGGCUGAAAACGCAUCCCUGCAUAUGCAGGAAGCUUUAUCACCGGUGCAGGAGGCACCAGUAUCGCCGGCGUCCUCCUCUCUGAGCAACCAAAAUCAAAACGAGAGCGAGCAGGUCCUACUGGCGACCAUGCAACCGGUGAACGUACUCGAUUUGCACGAACCGCCAACUGUACUCCACUCGAAAUAUCAUCACUAUCAUCGCCAUCAUCAUCAUCACCAUAGUCAUCAUCAUCAUCAACAGCAACCGCACAUUCAGGCCAACGAAUCGGAUGACGUACAACAUCGCGCCGCAGCCGCGGACGAUCCCGACGAUCGGGUGACGCCAGACGCAGAAGCGGCUGCAGCCGCCGGUAACGCGACGCUUGGCGUCGGUCAACACAAAAUGAUCGAUUUAAUCUAUAACGACGGGCAAAAAACAGUUAUGUACACGCACGAUAAAGAGAUUAUCUACGAGAAUGAGCAUGCAGACCGCGUACAAGUGGUCGAAUAUCCGCCACCGCCGCCAUCGCCACCAUCGCCGUCGCCGCCGUCGGCCACGGGUGUCGCGAGAACGGCAACGGGUCUGUUGCCAUCAAACUGUGUCACCCCCCGAACCAUCGCGUCGGCCGCUUCUGCUCUGCAACUGCAACACUAUCAGCAAUUGCAACUGCAGCACGAAGAUGAUUUACCGACAACGGUGCGCCACGCCGUCAACGCGGCUGUGCCGAACUGCGGCGCAGCGACCACCACGACAACAGUUCUCGUGGUGUCAGAACUCGUAGCGGCUGAUCCAAUCGCCAACACAACCGCGGCCACGCAGCAACUCACACUCACUGCUGCCGCAGCGUCCCUCCGUGCCGGGCGACGCAGUCGCUGCGAAGAGGAUACGAACGGCACCGUCGUCAGCGACGACGGACAGCAGCAGCCGCAGCAGCAACAGCAACAACCAGGUUACGUAUCCGGGCAGCGUGAACCGGAAGAAGAGGAGGAGCUGGGCGCGGAGGAGGCAGCGGCACAGUCCCUGCAGAGCGGUGCCGAGAGCGCCGAUCCGGAAGUACAUAAGAGGGUUGCCGCGGUGCAGGUGCAGGUGCAGGGUAUGGAGGGUGAUUGGCGGGCCUACUGCGAGCAUCCGCUCUCGGUAGCGACCGCAGCCAUGCUCAAUCUCCAACAGCAGCACCAAGUGUCGGCGGUGGUUAGCCACGGCGACGAUCCCGCUGCGUCCUACGUCUAUGAAUAUUACCCGACAAAGUUGCCCGACAAAACGACGGCGGAUGUUAAGCUACCGCCUACGCAUGAACUUUGGUCCACGGGUGUGAUGGGCCAGAAGCUGCUAGUGCAGGAGGCGCCUGGCUCCGGUUCCGCCUCGACGAAUCGCAUGGAAGGCGGCGAAGGCGCCGGAGGAGGGGAACUACACCACUUCCUCCAUCAGUACAACCAGCCAUCCCAUAGUCCCGGUCAGAGUCUGCAAGGUGGCCUUCCGCUUCCGUUGAGCCCGCAGUCCCUGCGACACGACGGCGCCUCAAGCGCCGGCAUCACCGGGGUCAAGAGGGAACCAGAGGAUCUCAGUUCAUCGCGUGGGGGUCAGCAGACCAGUAAACGACACAAACAAACACAGCCGGACAGCCCGACACCGCCGGGAAUGUAUCAUCAUCAUCAGCAUCAGCUACAGGUACAGCAGUACGGCAGUCCUUACGAUCCUUACUCGUCCUGCAGUCCGCGGCUGCAGUCGAACGCUUAUACAUCCACGUCGGCGCCCGGGACUGGGAAUGGGACGACGGGAAAUCCGGGCAGUGGUCUCCAUCAGGAAGCGACGACGGUCUACGUUUCCGGCGAUGCUUUGCCGCCGCUCGCUUCAUCGAGCUCGACCUCCUCGCUCUCCACUACGACCGCAUCGUACACGAGGUACGAGGUUGUGCCGAGUUCAUACGCUACAACACACGCGAUACGCACGUCGUCGAGCAGCAGCAAAGUCCUGACCGUUGAUCUCCCCAGCCCCGAUUCCGGUAUAGGUGCCGACGCGGUCACACCCAGGCAGGACCAUCAUCCACCCACGGCACUUCAUCAGUCUUCUUUUGAUUACACGGAAUUGUGUCCUGGUGGGACGACAGCCGGUGCGGCGGUAGUCCUCGAGAGCGGCGCCGUGAUACAUCACCAGCCAUUACAAUUGCAGCUACAACAGAAUCACGCACAAGCCCAGGUGCAACGUGGCAGUCUUGUGUCUGCAAGUGCGACAAAUCCGAAUCCGAACCCGAAUCCGCCGAGGUCGCGGCCUUGGCACGACUUUGGCAGACAGAACGACGCGGACAAAAUCCAAAUACCGAAGUCGUACUCGCCAUACGGAUUUAAGUAUCAUCUCGAAUCGCCGAUCAGUACGUCGCAACGCCGCGAGGACGACAGAAUAACGUACAUCAAUAAAGGCCAAUUCUACGGCAUCACGUUAGACUAUGUGCCCGAACCUGACAAGUCGCUUCUCAAGGCGGGACAGACAGUCAAGAGCGUAGUGAUGUUAAUGUUCCGGGAAGAAAAGAGUCCCGAGGAUGAAAUCAAAGCGUGGCAGUUUUGGCAUGGCAGACAACAUUCCGUGAAACAAAGGAUUCUUGAUGCUGACACAAAGAACAGCGUCGGACUGGCGGGCUGCAUAGAGGAAGUCGCGCACAAUGCGAUUGCCGUUUACUGGAACCCACUCGAAUCGUCGGCGAAGAUAAAUGUGGCGGUGCAAUGUCUCAGUACGGAUUUCUCGAGUCAGAAAGGCGUGAAGGGCUUGCCGUUACAUAUCCAGGUCGACACGUACGAGGAGCCGCCGCCGCAUACGCACUCAUACAUCCCACCUUCCCAUCGCGGCUACUGUCAAAUUAAGGUCUUCUGCGAUAAGGGGGCAGAGAGAAAGACCCGGGACGAGGAAAGACGCGCGGCUAAGAGAAAGAUGACGGCAACCGGAAGAAAAAAGCUCGACGAACUUUAUCACUCUGUGACGGAACGUAGCGAGUUUUACUCCAUGGUUGAUCUGCACAAACCACCGGUGUUGUUUUCGCCGCCGGCCGAGCACGCCAUCGACAAGUUCUCGACGAUGGAGUUGUCGGGCUUCUACGGUGGUGGCGGCGGCGGGGGCGGAGGUGACACCGACACCUCGUCUCUCAGUAACGGUGAAGGUGGAGGAUUGAAGGCGGGGGGUAGCAGCCCGUAUCCGGCGGCAUGCGGCCGGCCGAGUCUGCCGGCUCUCAAGUUCCACAAUCACUUCCCGCCCGACAAUCUCAGUAACCUGCACGACAAGAAGGACUCGUUGCUGAUGCAGGUACAGGAGCUGCAGGGCUCGGUGCUGCAAGGGGUGCAACCAGCCGGGUUGACGGGCGCGGUGGUGUCCAGUGUCGGCAAUCGGCUGCAUUUGCAACAGCAACCACCACAUUUACGCGCUACUGACGCCGAGGAACGUGUAAUGCUUUACGUUCGUCAGGAAUCAGAGGACGUCUAUACGCCGCUACACGUCACACCGCCGACGGUUCAGGGACUACUGAAUGCUAUUGAGUCAAAGUACAAAAUUGCAUCCUCGAGUAUUAAUAAUCUCUAUCGCAAAAACACAAAGGGAAUUACAGCGAAAAUUGACGACGACAUGAUUCGAUAUUACGUUGAUGAGGAUCUGUUCCUAUUGGAGGUGACCCAUUCACGGAUUAAUCCAGAUCCGAGCAGCGACCGUAACUCGAAUAAUCCGGGCUCGCCGGAUGAUCCCGGUGAUCCUGGAGAUUCAUACGACGUCACCCUCAUCGAGCUGCCCUCGUCGCCCCCUCAUCUACCACAUUCGCCCCUCGCCAAUUCCACGCAUGCACAUACGCAUGUGCAUGACAACAGCAAUACGUGAACUGGGUGAGGCCAGAGACGUCGACUUUUAAUAACGUAAAUAUGUCGCGCAGGUCGAAAAGACCAUCAGCGAAGACUGGUCAUCCGAUAAAAUGGAGGAUUAGUGAAUAUUUUACGUGAAUAAUAAUAAUUGCUAAACAAGGAAUGAACAGUGAAAUUUUCACGUGAAAGAUUCUUGUAUAGUUUAGCGAACAAACUUGUCAGGAAAGUUUAUUAUCCUGAGAAGAAGAAGAAGAAGAAGAAGGAAGAAGGAAGAAGGAAGAAGAAGAAGAAGAAGAAGAAGUAGCAAAACAUGUGUUUUUUUAACGAAAACUAUAAAGAGACUACCAGAAGAAAUUAGGAGAACAUUGAAGAAUAUCGGAGAACACGGGAUUUUCGGUAGAGGAUUCAGAAGAAUUGACGCUCCAUUAUUUCAGUGUGAACUUUGAAUAUGGUAAUUGUAGUAUAAUGUUGGAGACAAAUCAUCUCUCCGUCAUACGACUUUACGGGUGUUUGUUAGGUUUUUGAUGAAUAUUUCGUUAAUGAUUAUACAAGAUGUCCCUAAAAUAACCAUCUAAAUAUUACGCGAAAUAACGUGAAUUAUAGAAAAACAAAUAUCUUAGUGACAAUGAUUAUACGUAUAUAUAUUUAUAAAAACUACAAAUAAUUAUUCAAUUCUUUUCAUUUAAAUUUCCUCUUGUCAUGCAUUCAUUCUGUUCUGUUUAAUUUGUUAAAUCACGAUUAACGUGAUCUUUAGUAUCUUUCACGAAAUUUUUUUCAAACUUAUUUAUAAUUUCAUUACAUUUCGUGCUUUUAUUCCUACAAAUCACUACAUAAACACGUUCGCACAUAAUCAUUUUUAACGACGGGCUGAAAAAAAUUAAGUUAAAAAUACUAAUAAAUAAUUAGAAAUGUUUUACUUGCAUUUGUUUGAGUGAUUGUUUACGUUUUGUUUAAAUAUAUACAUAUAAUCAUGUAAUUAGAACGAUUUAUUACAAAAUAAAUGGUUUAGGAACACCUUGUAUAUCACCUGUCUUUAAGAUCGUCUUUAAACGGUCUUUUGCUCAUAAAUGUACGGGCUUCGACUCGAUUGGAGCAAGUUGCAUGUGCAAGAAUGUAUGCAUACGUCGCUGGUCGUACCAAAAGCGACUCGUUAUUCUAUAUUUUACUUGUUUUCGUCCGAUGAACAAUUUAUAUCGAGUUUAUUAGCUUAGGAACGAAGCGGUUUAUAACGAAACGUCGGCCUGCAAAUUGCGAGCGCCAUGUAAAUCAAUCAAAAUUGAUUUAAGAAUCCUUAAUAUAUGUAAGUACACGUAUGAUGUAUAAGAGUAUGUGUAGAUGAUAUAUAAAAUACAAAUUUUUUUUAUUAAUUCAUACUUUAGCUGACGUGUAGACUCUUAAUUUGUCCACAUGUUUAAGAAAUAUGUUGCAUUAGUAGUGCCGCCGGCGUUAAUCCCUUAUGAAUUGUCAUCUCGAAAACCGACGAUUCGUGUCGGUUCAUCGCAACGCGCAUGCCGUCAUUUUACGUUAAAUGACCCCGAUAUAUAUGUUAGUCGAUGACAAAGGCGAUCGUCGCUUUCGCUGUCGCAUCUCCGCGUCUCUAUUUGAUUUUUAUUCAUAAAGAUUUAAAUUGUUGUCGAAUUUCGCGUAACAAGCUGCAAAACAUAUGGAAAAUGAAUAAAAUGGAUUUGAAUCUCACCAGCAGCCCAUAAAAAACUAAUCGAUACUUUCUUCUCCGUCCGCUAACGAGACUUUUAUAGCUUCUUAUUUACGAGCACCGAUAUAUAUAUAUAUAUAUAUAUUUACGCGAGAUAUAAAACCAUCGUGCGAUUUCGUAAUAUUGCUGUCAUUCGCAAAUCCGAUCAUCACGCGCGAAUAAAUCCCGACUUCAAGGCGUGUUUAAAAAAUCCGUAUAGCCAGAUCGCCUCUUUGUGCCGCAUGACAUGCUAUGCUCGAGAUAGCAUCGAGAAGCCACGACUUUUUCUAAGUCUUAAGACUAAUAAAAGUAAUAUAAUCACACUGUAUCUCUGUAUCCAUAGUAUAAUCUCUAUAGUUCGAUCUAUACGUUUAAUAAGAUAUCAAUUCAAUAUCUCGGAACUAGAUCGAUCAAUGUUGUUGUUUUCUUUGAAAAAAGAAAAAAAUUAAGUUUAUGUGGUUUUAAUAUAAAAUUUUAUAUAAAAUUAAAA